AUGUCUUCUUCUGUCUCAAUUCACAAUGUGAUCCCCCUAAAGAAAGAGAGGUCGAGUACUUCAAAGACUACCAGAAAAAAACUACGGCGAUAUGUACGAAAUACCAAUGACUUCCUUGAGAAUUAUUUCGCCUUGAUAACGGGCCGAUUCAAGGAAUUCACAGUGGAUCAAUUCGAGGAUUUCUUAAUUGGGCUGGCCCGUGAAUUUGUAUCAGAGAUCUAUGAACCGGGGGCCCGUAAAAUUUCGUUCUCCGGCCUCGGUGCAAUUGGCUGCUUGCCGCUUGAGAGGACCACAAAUGUGUUACGUGACAAUGGGUGCAUUGAGAAGUACAAUAAAGCUGCCAGGGGUUUUAAUGUCAAGCUUCAGGCCAUGAUCAAAGAGCUUUGUGCCAGGUGUCGUGGGCUCAGGCUAAGAUAUUGUCCAGUUUAUGAUGGUUUACUCAAGAUUAUUCAAAAUCCAUCAUCUUUUGGUAAGUUUGGCCCAUGGGCUUUAUUAGUUUUAGGUCUAUUGUGCUUCCUUAACGGUUAG